AUGAGGUACCCUCUGGUCCCACUGGUGAACGACCUCACCUUCUCCUUCCUGGCCAUCUGGCUCUGCCUGCCCGUGGGCCUGCUGCUCUCCCUGCUCAUCCUUUGGUUCUGCUUCUUGCUCAGUCGAGACUCCGAGGAAAAUGACAGAGAGUUUCGCUUCAACUGGGAGGCCUGGAGGAAGAGCUGGGAGGAGGCGCUCCGCAUCCAGCAGGAGGAGGAGAGGCGGGCCUGGUGAGCCUGCCCGGUCAGCCCACCGUGGCCCCUGUGCCGGCCUCCCGCCUGCUUCCAGCGUCAUUUCCCAGAAGUCGGAGGGGCUGCGGCAGUGACCACGGGGACAGGAGCCACUCCCCCGGCGAGUCUCCCUCUGGGGAGUCACACGCUCCCCGGGACCGCCAGAUCAUCUCCUCCACCAAUGGACACCCACCCCCAGGGGGUCGAACACCAUCUCCCAGGCCCCGGGGGACGCGUGGCUGUGACGACCUGCUAAGUCGGCCUGGGGAGAAGUGACCGACGACCCUCACCCCAAGGAUGCCUUGCAACAGCGCUGGGUCACUGCAUCCGGGUCUCCAGAAGCCGGGGGACCCUGACCGGUCUGCACCCACAGGACUGUGCCCGGGUUACCCCACCCCUUUGGGACCCCCAGCCUCUUUCCCCUUCCCCCAUCCGUGCGAAGGGAUGGGGGUCUGCUCUGAACUUCCACUCUCAGAUUCCAAACUCAAGCCCCAUCACCUUUGGGGCUGA